AUGCUUACCAGAAAUCUGACAUCUAAUUAUGGUGGCAUCAUAUGUAGUACUGAUGAUUUCUUCAUGCACAAUGGUGAAUAUCAGUUUAACCCAGAAAAACUGGAAGAAAAUCUGACAUCUAAUCAUGGUGGCAUCAUAUGUAGCACUGAUGAUUUCUUCAUGCACAAUGGUGAAUAUCAGUUUAACCCAGAAAAACUGGAAGAGUACCAUAGAAAUAAUAUCUUACGAGUGAGAGAAGCAAUGAAGGAUGGAAUAAAGCCAAUAAUCGUCGAUAACACGAUAUCUUUGCAAAUCAUAUGGAACAGUAUGCUUUUCAUGCGCAACGUUCACGGAGUGACGAAAGCUAAAAUCCAUGCUAUGUUGCAGUCUUUAGAGGAGCAGGGAAAGCCAUCAUUAUCGCAGUUAGUCGGAAAAGGCCGCCAAGUAAAGCUGGAGCCACCUUGUGAGCUGUUAGAAAAUGGCGUACUUGAGCAUAUAGCACCUACAAGUUCAUCGGACAUUGUUUUAGCAGAUGUUCUUGCAAAACUAUUUCCAAAUGGCUUACAUGUAAAUCAGUUACCACCAUCAGUGUCGCUUGCGCCUGAUCCUCGCCCUCACAUUCGAGUUGUCGCUCAACGGGAUAUGGCAACUCAAACGAAUGAGGUUGUAGGUUGGUCUUGCGAACGAUAUUUAGUGUUAUGA